UGAAAAAUCUUGAGAAUUGAUUUUGGUUAUGAGAAGGGGGUGUAUGGCACUCAAAUAAAUAUACAGAUGAAACAAAUUUCAAGUGAAUGUCAAUGAAUUUAAUGAUAAAUAAAACAUCAAAUCUUCACUUGAUCUGGAACAGCACUUCCAGGUCACCAUUCACCAUAGUAUAAAUGGCUCUACACAAAGGAUUUCGAGUUCUUGAGAAAUCCAAACCACCAAGUCCCCACAGUAUCCUUUUAGAACAUAAAGGAAAAGAAAAUACCUUAUUAUUUGAGUCGCAAGCAGUUGCUGUUUUAUCUGUACAGGAGACUGAAGCAGUAAAGAAACAAUAUACGAAAAUUUUAGAGGCUUAUGGUUCCUUGGGAGUGCUUCAAAUCAAUGUUGGGGAAACGACUGUACUUUAUUUGGUUAUGAUAACAGGGUGCUUUUCUGUUGGCAAAGUUGGUGAUUCUGAAAUAUUUAGAAUAACACAAACUCAGUUUAUACCAUUACACUACCCACAAAAUGAGGAUCGAAUUGGUGAAGUGAGGAAGUUACUGAACUCUGGAACUUUUUACUUCUCAUGGUACUCAGGACCUCCAGGAAAUAUACCUCCCUUGGAUCUGACUUUGUGUGCCCAAAGAAGAAAUAAAACAUCAACCACAGAUCACAGAUUUUUUUGGAAUCGAAUGUUACACGUUCAUCUUGUGAGAUUUGGAGUUGACUGUAGUAACUGGCUUGUCAGAGCCAUGUGCGGCUCUGUCGAAAUUCGAACAGUUUAUGUUGGCCACAGGAAAGCCCUGGCGUCAGUUAUAUCUCGUUUAAGUUGUGAGAGAGCUGGAACUAGAUUUAACGUUCGUGGUUCUAAUGAUGAGGGUCAUGUAGCAAAUUUUGUUGAAACUGAACAAGUGAUAUACUUAGAAAAUGAAGUUUCAUCAUACAUUCAAACGAGAGGUUCAGUUCCCUUAUUCUGGGAACAACCAGGCGUUCAGGUUGGUUCCCACAAAGUACGGAUUUCUAGAGGGUAUGAGGCAUCAAAAUCAGCCUUCAAUAGGCAUAUGACCACUAUAAAGGAACGCUACGGAAAACAAGUGAUAGUCAAUUUACUGGGAACAAGUCUGAUAGGGAGUAAGGAAGGGGAAGCUACUCUGAGCCAGGAAUUUCAGAAACACCAUAAAGAAUCAGCUCAUAGUGAUAUACCACACAUAGUUUUUGACUAUCAUCAAGAAUGUCGUGGGGGAAAUCAGACAAAUUUGCAAAAACUGAAAUCCAGGUUGGAUCCCCAAAUUCAAGAAUUUUCUUAUUACCAUGCUAAUGGUACAACAAUAUACAGUUUGCAAACAGGAACUAUUCGUACCAACUGCUUGGAUUGUUUGGACAGAACGAAUUGUGUGCAGACUUUUCUCGGAUUAGAGACCCUCGGUAAACAAUUGGUGUCCAUGCAGUUAGUUGACAAAAAAACAACAAUAUCUAGGUUCGAGGAGGUGUUUAAACAAAUGUGGAUAAACAACGGGAAUGAAAUUAGUAAAAUUUAUGCUGGUACCGGAGCAAUACAGGGUGGAUCCAAGUUGAUGGAUGGCGCACGAUCGGCAGCUAGAACGAUACAAAAUAAUUUAUUAGAUAAUUCAAAACAGGAAGCUAUUGAUAUUCUUCUUGUCGGAUCCACAUUGUCUACAGAAUUAGCAGAUAGGGCCAGAACUCUUCUUCCAUAUAACACACUCCAUGCCCCCAAUCAUGUUCUUCGUGAAAUGUGUAAGCGUUAUACAGAAUAUACAGAUGCGCUUCCUAUUAGAGUCUCGGUUGGUACUUACAAUGUCAAUGGUGGAAAACACUUCCGCAGCGUAGUCUUCAAAGAGAUCCAGCUUUCAGACUGGCUGUUGGAUGCUCACACAAAAAAUCAGGGAAGCCUAGUGGAUAUCGGAUAUACUGAUGCUUACAAAUCCAUACCUGUGGAUAUAUUUGCUAUUGGAUUUGAAGAAAUAGUAGAUUUGAAUGCCGCGAAUAUUGUCAAUUCUAGCACAGAAAAUGCAAAAUCAUGGGCGGUUGAACUGCAGAAAGUUUUAUCUCGAGAUAGACCUUAUGUUCUGCUCACAUACCAACAAUUAGUUGGGGUGUGCUUGUAUAUUUUCGUUAGACCUGAACAUGUUCCUUUCAUCAGAGAUCUUGCUUUCGAUUCUGUCAAAACUGGAUUAGGAGGACAUACAGGAAAUAAAGGAGCUGCUGCUAUAAGGUUUGUGUUCUACGCAACAUCUAUUGCUUUUGUUUGUGCCCAUUUUGCCGCAGGACAGUCUCAAGUAACUGAAAGGAAUGCUGAUUACAAUGAAAUAACUAGAAAAAUUACAUUCCCUAUGAGCCGCUCCCUGAAUUCACAUGAAUAUUUGUUUUGGUGUGGAGAUUUCAAUUAUCGUAUAGACAUGGAUAAAGAAGAACUGCGAGAACUAAUUAAACAAAGCGAUUUUGAUGCUAUACUUCAGCACGAUCAGUUGAAAAAGCAACAGGAAGCAGGUAACGUUUUCAAGAGUUUCAACGAAGGUGACAUUAAUUUUGCACCAACAUAUAAAUACGAUCUAUUUAGUGAUGAUUAUGAUACAAGUGAGAAAAGCCGAGCUCCUGCCUGGACUGACAGGGUGCUGUGGAAAAGACGAAAUCAGUCCCCAGAUAUAAAUGGCACUUCACAAGAAUCUCCUGAUAAACUUGUUUAUUACGGAAGAGCUGAAUUGAAACAGAGUGAUCAUAGACCUGUCAUUGCAAUCAUAGAUAUUGAAGCAAGGAAGAUCAAUGAAGACAAAAGACAGCAAGUUUUUUAUGAAGUGAUUGCAGAUAUGGGGCCCCCCGAUGCUACAAUAAUAGUACAUUGUGAGGAUGCUCCGCAAAAUGAAGACUCAAGUGUUUUCGACGAUAAUUUGGUGAUGACCCUCCUGGAAGAUUUUGCUCAGUUCGGUGAAACAAUUUUAGUUAGGUUUGUUGCUGAUACCAUGUGGAUUACAUUCAGAGAUGGGCAAGCAGUUCUGGAGGCAAUGAAGAAAACAGCAGGAAAAUUACAGAUUCAAGACUACAAUCUUACUCUUUCUCUGAAAACUCCAAACUGGGUUGACCAAGCUAAAGAGGAAAUAGGAUUAUGCUCAAGUAAUACAAUUCCUCUGUAUAUUUCUCCAAGUCAGUCUAAUUUCAACUGUUUGGGAAUUCCCGAAGUGGCCAAAAUGCCUAGAAAUAUUCCUCCAAGUAGACCUCCACCUCCUGCUGUAAAGUCUUCUUCUGUGUAUUUAAAGAGAGUACCCCCAAAGGCUGGUAUAAUAAGUAUGCCAGUGAAAACUCUUCUAAGUUCAGCUCCUCCAGCUAUGCCUCCUCCAGACUUACCUCAGCAAAUGUCUCAGGAUGAAGGAGUUUAUGAAGAAAUCAAUGAUGAUGUGAUAAGUGCUCCUGAACCACAAGGUCCUCCUCCUCCACCUCCCAGGUCGGAGACUGCUGUAACCCUUCCUCAAAGAGGUCCUCCACCAGUACCCGCUAGAUCAGCACCUCCUCCUCCUUUGCCUGCUAGGCCAAGGCAAUAAGUGUUACGAGAAUAGAGAAACUAGUUAAUGAUUUUUUUCUUGUCGCUUAUUGGAGGAAUAAAA